UGGUUAAGAUACGCUUCACUCAUGAUUUUCCCGUGUCCCAUUGGUUAAAAUUGUGUGGUAUGGGCGGGAGAUACAGUCGUGGCACUGUCGGGGGCGGGACUCUUCAGUCCAACAGGAAAACUAAAGGAAGAUGGCUGCAAUCAGAAAGAAACUAGUGAUAGUUGGUGACGGAGCCUGUGGCAAGACCUGUCUCCUCAUAGUAUUCAGUAAAGAUCAGUUCCCAGAGGUUUAUGUGCCCACAGUGUUUGAAAACUACGUGGCAGAUAUUGAGGUGGAUGGUAAACAGGUGGAGCUGGCUCUUUGGGACACAGCGGGACAAGAGGACUACGAUCGAUUGCGACCUCUCUCCUAUCCAGACACGGACGUGAUCCUUAUGUGUUUCUCCAUUGACAGCCCUGACAGUUUGGAGAACAUUCCUGAGAAGUGGACUCCCGAGGUCAAGCACUUCUGUCCCAGUGUGCCCAUUAUUCUCGUGGGUAACAAGAAAGACCUGCGGAAUGAUGAGCACACACGUCGAGAGUUAGCCAAGAUGAAACAGGAACCAGUGAAGUCAGAUGAGGCAAAGGAUAUGGCUAACCGGAUCAAUGCCUUUGGUUACUUGGAGUGCUCGGCCAAGACUAAGGAUGGUGUGAGGGAGGUGUUUGAAAUGGCCACCAGGGCGGCUCUACAGGCCAAGAGACGAGGGAAGAAGGGUGGCUGCCUUCUGCUUUAGAUUAUCAGCUCAGGAUUGGGAGGGAGGGGAAAGAAAUCCAAACAAAGAAAAAAAACAUCCCUCAUAUGUCUGCUUUGUUACUAAGAUGGGCACAUUUGAAUGGGGAGUUACAGGGAUGAGGGAGAAAAGUCAAACCAGGCCAAAGGUGAUACAAAGGUCACAAAAAGGAAAAAGGGAGUACACACUCAAGUCCAAGGUUAUAGCCUUUAGUAUGAGGGUAUUAUUAGUGCAAAAGGUUUUAGCACCUGUAACAGUGGAAUUUGUAGUUUUAUUAUGGUGAUUGUGUAUGUGUAUCAGUAAAUUUGAGGUCACAUACUCAUGAGUUGUGUAUUUUUUU